GAAAACUAAUAAAAUAAUGGAAGCAGGAAUCAAAAGUUGAGUAUUUGUGAUAAAUCAUCGAAAAAAGAUUUUUCAGAUUUUCACAAACCAAAAUGUUUUCAAAAAAUCUCAUCAAAAUGGAAAAGGAAAAGGUAUUACCAAACCUACUCAAUAUAAAAACUCUAAUGAUAAAAUAAAAGAGGAGAGUAAAGAUCUGAGUCUUUUCCAUUUCACUCAACAAAACUACAAAAACCAUGAGAUUGGGAUUGUAUGAAAAGCAAUCAAUAACCCAAGAUUUGACUGUUUCAUGAUAAGUGCCUUCCAAUGCUUGCUCUGAAUUCCUGAAUUUUCGAGCUCUUUUAAUGAAAAACAAGACAUGAAAGCUGGCAAUUUAAAAAACAAUACUAACUGAAGAGGAGAAGUUUGUAAAGCACUUAAACAUCUGGUAUCAAGUUAUUUCGAUGUUAGCAGUUCUCCAAUAGAUCUUUGACAAAUAAGAGAAUGAUUUGAAGAAGAAUUUCCAAGCUCUCAUCAGCAUGAUUCUCUUCAAUUUAUUUUAGAUUUGUUUGAAGCCAUAAAGAAAGAGGAAAAUCCUUCUAAAUUGGAAGUUAAAUCAAAUCAUUACCAAAAUUAUAAAAAUGCUUGGGAAGAGUACACAAAAAAUAAUUUUUCAAUUGUUGAUAAAUUGUUCUUCGGGAUGUAUGAAACAAAAUAUGACUGAACGAGUUGAAGGAAGAAAUUAAAAGUCUAUGAGGAGUUCAAUCAUGUUCCUUUGAUAUGAGAUAGGGAAAAUCCAAAAAUUGGAUUUGAUGAAUUUCUAAACCUGGAAUAUCAGAGUUCUCAGAGAACUUUUAAAUGAAAACAUUGCUCAAAAACCUGACCCUGAACUAUCACAAAACGCAUCAUAAAAUACCCAAAAUACCUCAUAAUGGCUUUCCAAAGACUCAACCUCACAACCAUGACAAAGAUCAACACCCCAAUGCCCUACAAACCCUCAUUCACCCUCAAAACCCCUUCCAAAGUCCCUAUCACCUACAAUCUCCACAGCUUCAUCUCCCACACAGGCGCUCUCCACUCCGGCCACUACACCGCCACUCGCAAGCACACCUCCGGCUGGCUCCACUUCAACGAUCACAAAUUCAGACCAGUCAAGUUUGCUCCUGGUUCCAAAAUAGUCAAAAAUAUGUACAUCCUCUUCUACAAAACAGAAAGUAAUUGCGAUAUCUAAUUCAAU